AUGCCGCGCAUGGCGGAUUAGAGGAGCCAGUUUCUGCUGCGGGGUCCGUGUGAGGAGGUGAACCGCGUCUUAUUCUGAGGGAAUAUAUGAGCUGCAUGAGCCUGAACCUCCGAGACAACCAUGAUGAGUAGUCCUCCAAGUCCUUCUCCAACCCGAUGGUUCAAAGCGCUGCGCAGGACCAGGCUGGGGGAACCUUGUUUAAAGACAUACCCUCUGGAGUGUGUGGAUCUACUGAGGAGGGCCAGAUUGGCAUUUCAGGCUGGACGCACCCUUAAAGAAAGCUUCAGACUGGUCCAGCUGGAGGCUGUGAUCCGGAUGCUGGAGGAACAUGAGUGUGACUUCGUGGAUGCUCUUGGAAGGGAUCUUCACAAGCCCCGAUUUGAAACAGUUGUGUUUGAACUCAUCAUGGUCAAGAAUGAGGUCCUUCACGCCAUCAGCAACCUUAAGAAGUGGAUGCAACCACAGUCUGUGGAAAAGAACCUGUCCACCACGAUGGACGAGUGUGUGGUGGUCAGUGAACCGCUGGGGGUGGUGUUCAUCAUAGGGAGCUGGUGCAGUCCUGUUCAGAUGUGUCUGGUGCCACUGGUCGGGGCCAUCGCGGCAGGAAACUGCGCACUUAUCAGCCCCUCUGAUUUCACUGUGCACACAGCAGAGCUACUGCAUCGCCUUAUUCCUUUCUACUUGGACAAUGAGUGCUUCCAUGUGAUUCUUGCAGGCAUCAGUGACUUGCCUGAGAUUGUGGAACUCAAAUUUGAUCAUGUUUUUUAUACAGGAAACAGAGAGGAAGGAAGUAAGAUUGCUGCAGUUGCAGCCCGCAUUCUCACGCCCAUCACCCUGAUUCUGGGAGGCAAGAACCCGUGUUACGUGGACCAGCACUGUGAUGUUGCCACCACCGUGCGGCGCAUUGCCUGGGCUCGUUUCCACAAUGCAGGCCAGAGCUUAUUGGCUCCCAGCUACAUUUUGUGCCACACAGAUGUGAAAGAACGGCUGGUGCAAGCCCUGAAGUGCUGUCUUAUGGAGUUCUUUGGUCCUGAUCCCCGAGAUUCCCGCAGCUUCGGCCGCAUGGUUAAUCUGGACAUUUUCAACCGUACGAGAGAUGUGUUGUGGAGAUCUGGCAAGGUGGUUGUUGGUGGGCAAGUGACAGAGGCAGAAAAGUAUAUUGCUCCGACAAUUGCGACAGAUGUGGCAGACUCAGACCCCAUCAUGCAGCAGGAGAUUUUUGGCCCAGUUCUGCCAAUACUGACUGUAAAUGAUGUGGAUGAGGCAAUUGCGUUUAUAAAUAAACAGGAUAAGCCCCUUUGUGUGUAUGCAUAUUCAACCAACAGCAAGGUAAUUUCGAGAGUCAUGAGUGAAACGUCUAGUGGAAGCUUUUGUGCAAAUGACUGCAUCCUGCAGAGUAUGAUGGUGGCUCUACCUUUCAGUGGAGUAGGUGCCUGUGGAAUGGGCUCCUUCCAAGGCCGCUACAGCUUUGAUACCUUCUCUCACAGAAAAGCAUGCCUGCUAAGAAGCUCACGUUUUGAGUGUGUCACCUAUCUGCGUUUUCCACCUUAUGAAGAGAGGAAUCUGUCUCUAAUGACAUGGGCCUGCACUCUGUCCCAGAAGAGUCAGGGCUGGUGCCAGAUCCUGUGACUGUGGUGUGGGAUUCUGAUGACAGGACCUCACUGGACCGGCCAGUCAUGGUCACUGGUCAGGAAAUGGCCUGAUAUGGAGGGGCACAUGGUAACUUAUGUGAGACACUACGUCAGAUGAUAUCCAAAGUUUUCUUUAACCUCAGUGUGGAAUCAACUAGUGACGAUUAGUUUAAAUGUCUAUGAAAAACAACCUUGUUUGAUGAGAAACAGUUUAAAAUCAAAUAAACAGAUACAAAUAUUUUAGAUGCACUGCUUUUAUCUUUGAUUUGACAUUGCCCACGGCAUUAAAAAGGAUAAACAUACAAGUGAUAUGUAUUUACAACAUGGCUGGAUAGUCUUUCAACAUUAUCCAAGAAAGAAACAAAUUAAGCUUUUGUCUUAAUCCUCGUAAGCAUGUGAUCAUUCAGAUCUGGUGUAGAUUGUUUCCUCUUUGUCUUCUUUCAUGGCUGCAUAUCUGGCAACUGUGAACAGGUAGUCGCUCAACCUGAGUGAAAAUAGACGAUGUUCUUCAGAAGUGUUGUUUUAAAAACAAACUGUUAUUGUGUGUAUCAUGCACAAGACUGACCUGUUGAGGAACCUGGCCACAUCUGGAUCUGCUUCCCCUGAGCGUACAAUUGGAGCAACACUGUAACAAGAAGUCCGAACUGUUUAGAAUAAAGUAACAAUGAAACAGGACACACAAAUUAUAUAAAAUACAGAGAAGAUGCAGAAACUGACCUGCGCUCUGCUCUCCGACAUACGGUCCGAGCUAAGUGCAGGGAUGCACUACUCUUCCCACCAGACUGGAAUAAAAAAAAAAAGAAAUAUGAAAUCUUAAGCUCUUAUGACAACAUGUAUAUAGAAGAACAAACGAUCUUACCGGUAAAAUGAAGUUGGUCAGUGGUGGGAGUUCCCCCGUGAAGUUAUCAAUCCACGUUUCCAGGUCUGCAAUUGGCUGACUAGUAAAUUUUGUUCUCUCUUGUGAAAACAGAAAAGAAAAAAAACCCAAAAGUCUUUUAGCACAAGAGAUGUAAAUAAAAAUAAUUAUUAUUGAUGUAGAACUGGUGCAUUUUCAUACUCAUAUGACUUUCUCUUGCAGAGGAUCGAGGAGUAGCAACAUUUGAGCCUAUGUCUUGUAGAACACACUGUAUCUGCAAUAUACAAAAGAGGCACGUCUUAUCACCUGCAAAUGUUCAUUGCCAAAGCUAGAGAGGGCUAGCAAAUGCAACAUGCAAAUCAAACCUUGUCCAGCUGAUAUGUGAAUGUGUGGCCUUUGUCAAGGCAAAACUCUCUGGCCAAUCUGUAACAAAAGUCACUUUCAGUCACAAAGUCUUACAAUCAGAGGAUGCAAAUUAUACAGGAUUAUUAAACAAUGCCUUCUAGUCUUCUCCCAACAGUUUUAUUAAAUGCACUCUAUCAAAGUAAUUUAUAAUCCCAACAGCUCAGCUGAACGAUACACUACCUUCUUUGAUAAAUUCAGCUGUCAUGGCACAAAAGUUACCCAACUCACACUUGAAGGCCAUUUUUAUUUAGGGAUUUUUAUUUGUUUAGCCUGUGCAGCACUUUGGUCAGCUGAGGUUGUUUUAAAUGUGCUUUAGAAAAUACAUUCGAAUGAAUCCACGAUUUUGCUCAUUGGUAAGGGCCUUUGUAUCCUUCCUGUAAAUGCCAAAGAUUUCGCUCCGGUUACUUAUGCAUUUUCUUUUAAAUAAAUCUUAAAUUAAAUAAAAUAAACUGCCCCUUUGUGAUAAUUGUAGGUUUAAAAAAAAUGUAUGCAGAGUGUAUACAUUUAAAAUUUCAAACUCAUUAUUGAGUUUAGAUUAUC